AUGAAAGCAGCAUUAAACCAUAGAGGCGACCCUGCCGCUCUGACACGCUUGGCACGCCCAGAAAGCCAUAGUUCAAAGAAGGGUUCCACGCAAGCAGGCAAAGUCCCUGCCCGUAUUUCCGCGAGGGCAGCCAGGGACUCGUCCUCUGUGCUUAGUGGCCAGGUCCCCAGAGAGCCUUGGGAUCUAGAGUUGUCGCCCCCUCAGCUUGUGUUCAAGGAGGUGAUUCCUUUCUCCCGCCGAUGUGCCCCCUUACUGAUUCUCAACAAAGGAAAAAGGCCUCAUCCAGUUCGAGUACUGAAUAAAGAGGACGGGGGUCUAUGCAUAGGCACAGGCACUGAGCUCAGGCCUGAUCCUGUUUUGUGUCCUUUGCUAGCUCCAGGACUGUCCCUUCGUGUGCAUGUAGAGGCUCCGCCUGUUGUGGGACCUUUUAGCAGAACUUCACUAAGGGUUCUUGGGGCUGGUCAGCAGGUGGAGGUUCCAGUGGAGGCUCGAGCUCCUGUGGUUCGGUUCAGGUGCCCUCCCCAAUUGCGGUUCCCAGUUUGUUUACCAGGGCAGCUGCAGCAACAGCUAUUCCCCGUAGCAAACACGAGCGCGUAUGCCAUAAAAGCGCAAGUCAGCAUAGGCCGAGACGUCAGUGCUCCCCUUAGAAAUUUGCUUGAGCAGCAACUCGUGUGCCUCAGUAUUUAUCCUCAGAAGCUGAAAAUAGAGCCGGAAUCUGUUGGCAUUUUCACGGCUGAGCUGCGCUUGGACUGCCCAGCAGAGGUGACCUUACCCCUCACAGUAGUUUGUAAAAAGUCGUUAAAGACACCUGUAUCUCCCCGAUGCAGUCUUGUGGCAACGACAGGCUUGGCCGACAGCCAGCCUCCGACACGCGUCGUCCAGGGCUCAAGGCGGCCGCCAGCUUUGGCGGGUACGGUGCAAUGGUCGGGUACCGAGCCUUGUGUCGAGGGUCACCUCCAGCUGCACGCCUCGUGCGUCGCACCGCGCUGGUCGUUCUCAAUUGACGGUCGAGAGCUGAAGAUUCUGGACUUAGGGGCGCUCUUCCAGGGUCAAGAGCGCUGUGUCACUUUGCACGCAGACAAUCUUUCAGCCCUUCCUCUGGCAAUGUGUUUUGCCGCCCCGCAGUCAACAUUCAAAUUUCCCACGGAGAAAAUUAAAGCGGAGCCUAGGAACAAUGAAGCAUUCCAGCAAAAAGAACAGGGCGUUCAGGGAUCUGAUGGUGUGCCUUCUCAGGAGAGACUAGAAGCUCAAUUGCCCAAGGAGGCAAACUCAGAAACUGCAAGCCCCCUUUCUUACCAGAUUGUCGCAGAGCAGCGCUUUGUAGAGCGCAGCACAAGCUGCAGUCCUGCAGAAGCUCUGAGACGCUUCCCUGACGCAUCUGCCACUCCACGUCUGCGUCGCACUGUGGGGAACUCACCCAGUAGCAGCAUCUAUGCCAAAUCCGCAACAAUCAGCUGCAACAUGGCUCCCCAGCAGCAGUCUUCGCAAGCAGGCAUAUACACAGUCGUUAAAGUGGCUGACAGGUCGGAGCUGGCAGAGGGCUCCCAUGAUGGUGGAGCCAUUGCAAGUCCUCGUACAGCUGGACCCCUCUCGGACGAUUCCGACUUAUCCGAAUCUUCAAGGAGCACAGAAUGCAGAGAUACCCCAUGGGCUGCCCUUAUCGAAACGUUUGCUUCGCCGAAAACUGAGGUGCAGAGUAGUCUCGAAAAAGCUAAUGUCGAGGACCUCCCGAAGCCACUAGACGACCCGACAGCACCUCGAGGUGCAACGCAUCGAAGAGUGGGGCGGCCUCGCCAAAGACAGCAACAGCAAGUACCCAACGGGACCAAAAAAGAGCCUCAUGAACGCCCAAGAGAAGAUACGUCUUAUCCUUCAGUUCAAAAGGAAGAUCCAAAUCCUGGUGACGCGGAGCAAUUCCCAUGCCUCCCACCGAAAGGGCCCCAGCUCAAGCGGCGGCGCUGGAUUUCUCCGCCCAUUGUUUCCAGCCCAAGAGGUGAGCCAGCUAUGGCGGCAGCAAUCGCUAAGGAAGGAGGCCACGGACCUGUAAGAGAGCCCCUGCCUCAAGCAAAUAAUGAACAGGAACAGCCCACACAAGGAUCCCUUUCACAGUGUUCCUCUCAAAUGGCUAUACAGCGCCGAUACUCUUACGAGCCCACGACUUUACUCCAAAGUCUUGUGCUGCUGGAUGACUUGUUGCACCUGUACGACAUCGAGGUAACCCCAUCCAUGCUGCUGCUGCCUCCUCGGUCCUCCGCAGCAAUACGCCUGACACUACGGACUCAGCCCUGUGAGAUUCGUCGCGGGUUUCAGCACAUGCAAAAUUGGCGCAACUUGCAGGUGCCCUUGGCCUUCCAGCUACACGUGAUGGUGGCCGUUGCUGGCCAAUGCCCCACGCGGAGCGGCGAGGAAGAGCUCGUCUGCACCGGGACUCCAAUGACAGCGACACGGCAUCUUCGAACUACUAGCAGAUGCAACAAUAGCUGGCUCUCCUCACAUUUAAAGUCUACGCGUACGGCAUUCCCGGGAGCGAGGGGAGCUGUCAGCGAGCCCACCAGCCAAGUAAAUUCCUGCAUGUCUCUUCCAGCUCCAAAAGGAAGGCCCAUCGUGGCGCGCCUGCGCCCAGAGACAGCUGGGACACACCUCACUAGCGACAAAUCCUGCAGAGGUGGGAUCAGGGGAGGGGACCAGAGCGAUUCUUCGGACCCGCGAGAAAAAUCUUUAUGUGUCCUUUUGUACGAUAUGCUUCAAGCAUUUAUUGCAGAGAAAGGGGAACAGCAGAGUGACCAAAGGCUGCUCUCAUUGCCCCAUCAUUGUCCAGUACCCGUACCACGCACCUCCGCUAAAAGUUCAUGCUGUACAACGUUGCAAGAUGUGGCAGUGCCGUCGACGCAGGCCUCGCCAUGCUUGCCACCACUAGACGUUGUGAGAAAUUCUGCAGGCAGCAAAUAUAAGCAGUCGUGCUGCAGUGGCUCAGGAGACUCGUACUGUGUUUCUAGCGAGGGGAUUUCUUUACAAGAGAGGCAGAGAGUCACUCACCAGUUUUUUCAGGGUUGCUGCGUGUUGAGCUUGCCACGUCUGGAAUUGUCGCCUACUGAGCUACACUUUGCUGGCUGCCCUGUGGGGGAGUGCCAGCAGCAGGCGCUGUAUUUGUACAACUGCAGCGCCGAACUUAGCUUGGACUUCUGCUUUGACGCUCGCCACCCCUUCCGUUGUAUGCCCUCCCAGGGAAAGGUGCCACCCCAGCAGCAAGUACAGGUACAGGUUAUCUUUGCUCCGACGCGAAUGGGCCCAGUAAGGCAAAAGCUAAAUGUUUUCUUCUGCAACAGGUCGUACAGCAGAGCUGUGUGGAUUGUAGGGACAGGCCUUAUCACCUCGAGACUCCCACUAAGAGGCAGCCACCACUGGCAGGGGAACAUAAAGGCAGAACAGCGACCACUUUCUGCAAGGCCAGAGAGCUGCAGAAAAGGCAAUGGAAGCAAUACAGUGUUUGCGCUCACAGAAAUGACGUCAUAG